UAGAUUACUUCCUUCUCUGAGCAUCUUUAUAAACCAAGCAAAGCAGCCUGUUAGUCCCACAUCCACUCCACUGCCACCUGCACCAUCAUCAUGCCUCUCAGUGCCAACCUACUGCUGGCGGCAGCUGCCCUGUGCUGCUUCGCCACCGUGUUUGCUUUUCCUAUGGAGGGAACAACCAAAGAUAACCAGUGCCGCUGUUUAACCACCACAGACACCGUCAUGAACCCGCGAUCAUUUCAAAGAAUUGAGAUCAUACCUGUCGGGCCAAGCUGCCGCCACACUGAAAUUAUUAUCACCCUGAAGAACACCAACAAAGUAGUGUGUGUGGAUCCUGAGGCAGUGUGGGUCCAACAAUUCAUUAACAGAGUCAUAAGUUGUUCAGGUCCAGGCUCAGCAACACUAUGUGGCAAUAAAUGGAAGUCAGCUGAUGACCCGAAGGACCAGUCCCACAUCCACUCCACUGCCACCUGCACCAUCAUCAUGCCUCUCAGUGCCAACCUACUGCUGGCAGCAGCUGCCCUGUGCUGCUUCGCCACCGUGUUUGCUCUUCCGGGAAUACCGAAUGACCAGUGCCGCUGUUUAACCACCACAGACACCUACAUUAACCCUCGAUCGUUUCAAAGAAUUGAGAUCAUACCUUUCGGGUCCAGCUGCCGCAGCACUGAAAUUAUUAUCACCCUGAAGAACACCAACAAAGUAGUGUGUUUGGAUCCUGAGGCAGUGUGGGUCCAACAAUUCAUCAACAAAGUUGUGAAAAAGUAA